AUUCCGACUUCUUUGUGUGUGUGCACCUAAAGCAUACUCGAAGCUCAUGAUCUAGUCCACUCCGAUCCUUCCCCUCUCGCCAGAAGGGUUUUACAGCUAAAAGUUGGCUCUGGUGGUUGGGGUGAUUCGAUCAUGGAUCUGGUGCUCCUAUACUACGACAUUCUUUGCGGCUGCAGGCUGUGCAUCAGAAACACCAGAAGGGCUGCACCACACUGCACAGCUACCAAGAGUGGCGUCCACUGUAUAAUGUAUAUAAAUCUCUGACCCGAGUUGCUUCUAAUUAAGGGAACUAGCUUGGCUUCUGCCCUGCCGUAGCCAUGGAAGCAGACCUCGAGAGAGGCCUGAUUGUGUAUGAAGAGCCGGGUCCAGAGCCGACGGACCUGCUCUCCAGCGCGUGGUGCAGCUCGGCAGCUAUCCGAGUGCUUCACGCGGGACCCAAGGACGAGUGCUCCAUGGCGCUGGUGGAGCACCCGGUCAUGGCGCUUGGCAGCGGCAGGAGCGACGUGUUGGCGAAGAGUGGUCGUAGUCGUAGCUUGGUGGCUGACAGCAGCGGUUUCAGCACGGCCCAGUGGAAAUAUGAUGAUCUGAAGUCGUGGCUAUGGCUGCAGAAGGCAAUUCAUCCCGAACUGGACUACGAUCUCUGCCUCAAGAAGAAAUGGCUCCCGCGCAAGAUGGCUGCGUGGAACGGGACCUCGCUCAAGAAAUGGGUCAAGGAGCGGAAGCAGAGGCGCAAGGAGGAGGCGCGCCUGCAGCGGGCCGAGGUCCACGCGGCCGUGUCCGUGGCCGGCGUCGCGGCCGCGCUGGCCGCCGUCGCCGCGGAGAACGCUGCCGCCGCGCCGCGCCGCGCGCCCGGGACGAGGGAGACGGCGGUGGCGUCCGCGGCCGCGCUCGUCGCGGCGCAGUGCGCCAAGGCGGCCGAGGCCGCGGGUGCCUCGCGCGGCCAGGUCGCGGCGGCCGUCGACGCCGCCAGGGCCUCCACGGACGCCGGCAGCGUCAUCACGCUCACCGCGGCCGCGGCCACCUCGCUGCGUGGCGCCGCGACGCUGAGGGGACGGCGCAGCUGCGGGCACGGGCAGAACGAGAGGGCGGAGCACGCGGGGCCGGCGCUGUCGCGGGACGACCUCGACUUCGACUUGAACCACGCGAGGUCCAGGGCGGCGCUGGCCAAGGGCGACGAGAUGCUCGUCGCGAUGCCGGACGGGAAGUGGAAGCUCCACACGGUGUCGGCGGCGUCGAACAAGCGCGGCGAGAUCGUGCUGCGGAUCAAGAAGACGAGCCUCGUCGUCAUGGCCCCCUUCUCCCACGCAAAAGAAAGUGUGGUCCGCGACGUGCGGGCGUGCGGCCCGGAGAAGCCGAGCCACGACGAGGGCGCGACAUACGCGGUGGAGGUCUCCACGGACAAGGGCAAGGUGGAGCUCCGCGCGGACGACUACGGGGUGUACAAGCGGUGGGUCGGAACGCUGAGCCACAUGCUCGUCAUGUCCACCGCCGUCUCCGUCUCCGCCAGGCACGCGCCGCCGCGCCGAGACUGACCCACCGGUGGUGCGGCCUCUCGCUCGAAGCAAUGGCCCCCGCGCAUCGUGACGUGAACGAAAACGUCGAUCCCAUGUGUAUUGGUGUACUACCCAUGAACUCUGUGUAUGAGUAGCAGUAUCAGCACUGCGACUGCAACCAAAGAUUAAUUGAGAGAUUGUUUAAAAUUC